CCAGUGAAGGAGAAAAUAGAUCUCCAAUUACGCAUCAGGUCUAGACGUUUCCAGUGACUCCUAACACUGGAUGGACAACAUGUCUCCACAGCAGCAGCAACAGGACAGCCUCAGCCGACAGCAGGAGAACAAACGGUGGACGAAGUCUCAGAGUUGUCGGCGCCAGUCCGCCCCGUCUCUGGUCAUCACCAAGGCUCUCAUCAGGUCCAAGACUCUCUCCAGAGAGAGCGUCCUGGUUCCUGUGUGCCCAGAGACCUGCUCAUUGGUCCAGUCCUUCCUCGUCGGCACCGAUCGGUCGUUCCUUCUCCACGGACACGCCCAGCUGAAGACCGGGAUGCAGACUCAGGACCGACACCUCUUCCUGUUCACCGACAUCCUGGUGAUCGCCAAAGCCAAAUCAGCCAACCACUUCAAGCUGAAGGCCCAGGUGUGUGUGUGUGAGAUGUGGACGGCGGGCUGCAUGGACGAGGUGUGUGAGGGAAGCACCAACCCAGAGAGGAGCUUCGUCAUGGGCUGGCCCACCUGUAACUGUGUGGCAACGUUCAGCUCAGCAGAUCAGAAAGAGAGAUGGCUCUCCCUCCUCAAAAGUCUCAUAAAAGAAGAGAAAGAGAAGGAGGAACCUAAAACUAUUCCUCUCAGAGUGUACGGGAAGGGAAUCAAUACUUUUGCUGUCACCAAGACGCUCCCGGUCAGCAACUCAGAUUCAACCAACGAGGUGAUCCGACUGGCCCUGCAGCAGUUCGGCAUCAUAGGAAAUGUGAAAGACUACCAGCUGUGGGUCAUCUCCAAGAGGGACAACGCCCCCUACCCUCUGAUUGGUCACGAGUUUCCCUUCAGUAUCCAGAUGAGUCAUGUGAGACUCACGGUGUCUCAGGGAGGCGGUGGCGGCGGCGGGGACGUAGACUGUCAGCGGGCCAUGCAGAUGGAGCAGAUGCAGGUGUUCAAGCAGUGCCAGUUCAUUAUGAAGCCUCGACCUGUUGAAACGCCGCACGUAUCUGCAGAGUGGUCUCAGAAGCCUUUUAAAAGGAGGCGUUCCCUCAUCACCUGGGCCUUCUGGCGAGGCUCCUCCUCUCACCUGAACGAGCUGUCCCUCGCCGGCGGGCCCCGCGGCUGCCUGUUCAGCCAGCCGCUCAGCAACGUGUGCAUAGAGGACGCUCUGCCAAAGCCGAUCAUGGAGAUGAUGGCGUUUCUGUACCACGAGGGUUCGUGGACGCGGGGGAUCUUCCGGCGCCCGGCGGGGGCUCGGGCUGUGAGGGAGCUGAGGGACUCUCUGGACGCCGGAGAGUUUCAACUUCCUCUGACAAGAGACCACGUCUUUCUCAUCGCCGGAGUCUUUAAGGAUUUCUUGCGCAGCAUCCCGAGCAGCUUGCUCUGCUGUGAGCUGUUAGAAGAAUGGAUAGAUGUGCUGGAGGAAGAGGAGGAUGAGGGAGAACAAGUGCAGGACAUAAAGAGGAUGAUGUGCCGCCUGCCUAAAGAAAACGCCCUGCUGCUUCGCUACCUGCUGGCCAUGCUGCACGGCAUCGAGGGCAACGCCCAGGAGAACCAGAUGACCAGUUUCAACUUAUCGGUGUGCAUCGCUCCCAGCAUGCUUUGGCCUCCCGGAGUGCCGUGCAGCCCCGAGGUGGAGGGAGAAGGAACUAAGAGGGUUUGCGAGCUGGUGAAGUUCAUGAUCGAACACUGUCAGCAGAUCGUGGGAGAGGAUCCGUCCUCGCUGUUUGGAGGGCCGCCGCAAAGACUCAACGAUGACGAGAUAGGAUCAGAGUCCUGGUCGUACCCUCUGACAGACUCAUCCUACGACAGUCUGGAGAACGAGCUGGACAACAUCAGCGGCGGCUCGCCGGGCUUCUGCAACCGACGGCACGUUAGACCCAAAACACUCCAAGGCAGCCUGGACUCCAUCAUCACGUUCAGCGACUACGACCACGACACAGACCCCGAUAACCAGCAAACCCACACCGACAGCCCGCAGGGUCUGAAGCUACACCGACUGGGGAGAACCAGCAGCAGCAGAAGGCCGGACGAAGACCUCUCCUGCGCCGCCAAGGACGCACCGACUGCGGACACGUCCCCCAACCUGGACUCGCUGUCCCUGGAUGGUCGGCGCAGACAGCGGCGGCGUUCAGAGCCGGCUAUAGCGUACAUGGCCAAGCUUCGGCCGUGCGUUUCGGGGAGUAUUGAAGGUCUCUCUGGCGAGGAUGAAGAGGAGCUCUACAGGAAGCCGAGCAGCACCAGGAGAGCUGUGGAGGUGAGCUCCCCCAGCAUCUCCUCCAUCUCCCCUGCACAAUCAAUGGACUCUCUGGACCUCCUCAUUAGUGACCACACCUGGGCCACCAGACGAGGGCUUUACACAACCAAAGCCUCCCACCUGGCCUCCAGUGCUGCUUCUUCAUCUGUUCCCUUAACAAUAAGCUCCACCGGUGGACAACCAGACCUGGGGACUUGUCCAAAAGGCUCCCCACCCAAAGACACAGUCAACUGGGGGACCCUGAAAGGCUGCAGGGGCCUCCACCCAAACUCCUGGCUGAAGAAAGGUCGGCGGCUGUCACUGACCCAACAGGACAACUUGGAGAAGGAAGAAGAGGACAAGACGGGGGGAGGACCCGCUGACAAGUCGCUUACACUUGGGAAACCCGUCCCAGACAAAGGUAAAGGAAAAAUGCUCUGCAGCAGCCAAGCCAAGACCAAAACCUCCUUCAGAGCAGGAGGAAGCCAUGUGAAGGGGAGGCCUGUCCAGGAGCCUCACAAGCCAAGACAUCUCAAACAGGACUCAUCCAGCCCCCCUUCCCACCACCGCUCUACAGGGAGUCUCCAAAUCCCCAAGUCCCCCUGGUUCCGGUCCUCAGACUCUACAUUAACCAUUGGUCAGCUCGACAGAACCCACGCCAACACCGGAGGUGACGCCGCUAACCAAAGGAGCGCAGCUGAGAGUGAAGUGAACGAGCUGAAGCAGCCGUCGCCGUCUUUGUUCUACAAGCAGAGCGGGCCGUGUCUGUCCCUGUUCAAGCGACACAGGUCUCGCUCUGUGGAGGAGGCGUGCAAAAUCACGCUCUACAAGCGCCGGGGGUCAGAACCCGAACGGCAGGUUGUGGACCGAGCCGCCGCCUCCGCCCUCGCUCGGGCGAGGCUGCCGAGCGACCCGGGACUGAAGGUCCCGGAGGUGGAUUCUCAGGAAGGGACGCCAGAGUCCCGUUUCUGUCUUUCUCCCUACGGCACCAAAGCAGUGAGGGACUACUUCACUACGCACCCGCAGAGUAACCCUCAGAGCAGCCAGCAGGUGGCGCUCUCCCUGGUGGAGAAUCGCAGGGAGUGGCUGAAGAGAUGCAGCGAUCCCACAGCAGAAGCAGACUUUGAUCAGCUGCUGUUUGCUGAAGAAUCUUACGUCUGAUGAUGUAAUAAAACUGGAUUAGAUGAACACAA